UUGGAGUUGAGGUCCGUCAAUCAUUGAGCGGUGGCCUGGAUUUGUGCACCGCAGCCCGGCGCAGGAAGCCUCGGCUCUCCGCGGUGCUGAUAGGCUGCUUCCGUGUUGAUAUUCUGUCAAUCUACAAGUCAAAGGGCUCGGCCAGUGUUGCUAGCAUAGCAGGCGGCGCUGCAACACCCAACCAGGAAGUCAAUAAAGUUGCUAAUUAAUAUCAGUUUAAUUUUGAUUUUCCUGCAUUAACCUUGAAACAACGGUAUGAGUUCUGCUGCCCCACCGACGAUUGGGGAGUUAUUCCUCAUCCUCAGUGAGAUGGGGUUCUCAGAGGAACAGAUCCAGGCAGCUGUACAGGCUGGGCAUUUUUCUGUGGCAGACGCGGCAGAGUGGCUCGUUCAGGGUCAGUAUCCACGGCACAGGCUGGUCAAGCAUUCCUCACAGCCAGCUGAGACAGCAUUUUCUGCUUUCAACCCACCCAAAGCGAGCACUUCAGAGACAAAUACAUCUCCAUCUGACAGAGCAUCCCCGUCAUUGGUGCUGAGACAAUCACAGUCAGGCAACCUGUCCCCAGACCCACUACCAGUCGAAUCCCGCAUCAAACAGGACAAGAGUGACUUUGAAGAGCAGCAGAGACAGCGUGUUGCUCAGGAGGCCAGAGCAGAAAGAAGACAAAAGAAACAGGAGCGUGAGUUGGUGUUGAAGCGGAUAGCUGAGGAUCGGAGGAGCUUGCAGGAGAAGAACCAGAGCAGCGCUGCCACAGAGACGUCUCCUCCCAGUGUUCAAGGACAGAAGCUGGGAGGAAAGAUUCAGACUAACGUGGACAACAACUGCGUCCUCAUGAUUCGGCUCCCAUCCGGCGAGUCCAUGCGUGAGCGCUUCCCAGCCGAUGCUCCUCUGCGCAGCGUCGUGGAGCACAUCUCCGGACGUCACCCCUCCCUAUCCUCCUUUUCUCUCCUCCAGGGUUUCCCACGGAAACGCUUCGGUGAGGCAGAGCUCGCUUGUUCGCUUCACUCCCUCGGUCUCACUCCCAACGCCGCACUGUGUAUCCAGACCACUCCUCCAGAGACCCCUCAGGAUCCACCGAGUCCUGCAGAGCCACCAUCUGCAGGACAGAAUGAGCCGUCUCCUUGCGAUGUGUCUCCUCAGCCACAUGUCCCUGUCCUGGAGGGGCUGGGAGGGCCAGACCUUGUUAUACCUCCUCCACUGCCCAACCAGCUGUGGGAAGAGGCUGUGAAUUACGCAGGGAUACCUGGAGCUGGUCCUUCACCGUCUGGGCCGUCUCACUUCUGGGGUCGAGGCCAGAGGUUGGUUCCUGGUAAUCCUGAGGAAGCUGCUGGCAUAGAGGUCGAUGAGGAACAAGGAGAAGAGGAAGAACCCCCGAACUUGCUAAACGGAAUGCCGCGGCUGCCUUUCUUUCCAGAGAACAGGUUUCGUGGAGAGUUUGAGCCCAGACACCACUGGCCAGAGCAAGGCAAUCGACUCAGGGAGGCUCCAGAAGAGCUUCCAGCAGAGCCUGAGGAUGCAGGAGGGCGGGAGGUGCCUGGAGCUGCAGGUCUGGCUGCGGUGGAGCGUCUUCAGAGAGCUGCACAGCAGGAAGACCCGCGUGCCUCCCAGGGACAACCAUCACCCCCUAAAAAACCCUUCAGGGCACCCAGCGUGCCGUCCCUAUGUGCCUUGGCAACCCGCGCAACUGUCCACCUCAUGACUGCUCCCAGCAUGCAGUACAGCAGCAGCCUGGCAGGCCUCACCCCAGAGCUGGCAGAGCUUCUGCUCAACCACAUGUCCCGUGAGAGGCUCCUACGUCCACGCACCCUGGAGCUCUUUUUCGGCUGCCCGUUGCAGAAGUUUGUCCUGAACUGCUACCCUUACUCCACCAACGAGCUCCUGCGGCAGUUACGGGCCUUCACAGCACUGAAGCAUCUGAGUCUGGUCAACUCGCCUCUCAUCACGGACUCUGGGCUGUCUAUCCUGUCCAGCCUGGUCAAACUCCAGUACCUCAACCUGGCCUCCUGUAGCAAACUGACAGACUCCUGUCUGCAGCAUAUCACAGGUCUUAAGUGCCUGUGUUUCCUGUCCCUGGACCAGACCAAAGUGACGGAUGCUGGGAUGGUGCUGUACCUCCAGUCAGCUCCGUCCUGUCUCUCUCAGCUCAGCCUGAACCAGACGGCUGUGACUGAAGCCACACUGGUGGUCCUGCCCACCUGUGUGCCACAACUGAGGCUCCUCAGCAUCAAGCAUACCAAGGUCAGGGAGGUAUCAGCUUUGGCAGAGCUGUCCAGCCUGCAGACUCUCAACCUGGAUGGGACAGGUGUGAUAGAAAGCUCCCUGGAGAACCUGGCCUCCCACCCCGCCCUGUCUUCCCUCAGUUUGGCCGGAAUCCCCGUAGCGGAUGGCAAUCAAGCCCUGCAGAUCAUCUCAUGUCUAAAGUUGACUCAGCUGACCCUCCCUGGACGGCACUCCGUGACAGACAGCGGGUUGUGCUUCCUCUCCAGACUGUCUCUGCUCUUAGAGCUGGACCUGACGGACUACACGCAAGUCACAGACCAGGGAGUAAACCAGCUCUCCACCAUGAAGAGGUUGAAGAAGCUGUCACUCAGCAACACUCAGGUGACAGAUGCGGGGCUUCCCUCGCUGCGUGGCCUGCAGGAGCUGCAGGAGCUCUGUUUGGACCGAACAGCUGUCACCAGCCGAGGAGUGUCCGAACUCAUCACUUUUCUUCCGCACCUCCAGGUGUUGGGGUUAGCCAGCACUCAGGUGGGAGACACAGUCGUGAGGAGAGGUGUGAUCCGCUGCAACCAGCUUGUGAAGCUUAACCUCAGCCGCACACGGAUCACAGACAAAGGUCUUAAGUGUUUGAAACACAUGCAUCUGGCUCAGGUGAACCUGGACGGCACCGGUGUGAGUCUGAUUGGCAUUGCAGGCCUCCUCUCUUGCACGAACAUCAGCAGCAUUCGGGCCAGCAACACACGCACCAUUCCUGCUGACGAGGUCUCAGAUGAGGAGUGGGAGGCCCAGUGAGCAUUCAUACCUCCGGUUGGUCCGUGCUUACUGUACCAGUAACACGCCUCUCGACUGCUGCGGCCCCCUUUUAGCCCCUGAAACAUGCUGCCAUCGGGAUACUCUAACGGAAAAAACGGCAUAACUGAAACACUCCUCCUAUUUGCACUGUUUCAACUGCAGCUAGUGCCACUAAUCUGUCAAUCAUGCACGCUGCCAAGUUGAAAUCUUAAACAGCAGCCUGGUAUUUAAAAAAACGGGCUAUUAUUAACGUUUACAUAUAUAUAUAUAAUCAAUUUGCAUUUACUUGCAUACACCGCAGCCCUUUGUCUCUGGAAAAACUCCAUCUGACAAACUUUAAAGCUUUAUGUGCAGCCUUAUAGGUUGGAGCUAUCUGUGUUGGCACUUUUUGAGCCGACUGGCGGGAAAAUACUAAAUGUUGGAAAUGUAACAUAUAACACAGCAUGUAUUUUCAGACUGUAAAGACUAACAGCCUGGUAUAUGUAUAAAUUAAAUUAAAACCUAAAUAAGAAAUUUUCCAUUCAACCAAAUAUGGUUGAAGACAUUUUUGAAGGAUUGGAAGGCAGAUAAUGUCUUCCAGUAAUCAUACUGUCGCUUGUUAUUAAAACUAACUAACUUGCGAGCUGUAUUCAUGUCAUAUUGGAUUUAUUAGCUGCGGUCAGUCCGUUAAAACUUUCCCUACACUUUGGCGGCCACUGGAGGCUGAAAUUCAUCAUGGAGUUUGAGGUUAUGGAUGCAUGCACGUACAUGGUUGCAGCUAUUGCAAAUUCGCAUUCGUUUUCUGUUGGCUUGAAUAUUUGGCACUAUUAAUUGUACAUUACAUGCAACAAAAGCUACUGCAAAUGAUGUCAGCUAGCUGUCCAUGAUGACACAAAAUAUACAGUUACUUUUGCUGAAGACGAGAGGUAUCAGCUCCUCUUAUAUUGUAUAAAAAUUAAAAGGAAGCCCCUGCGUCAGUAUUUUUGCCACCAUGACAAAUUUGCUUAACUCAUUUGAAUUGAAUGUUAAGUAAUUGUAACUAGCACGAUAACGAAUGUCAGUUUUGUAAUUUCCUCAUUACUACAGUAGAUACCAAACUGUAAAAAUAAAAAAAAUUCUGUUAAUGAUUCAUCACGGUAUUACAUUCUUGGUGAAUAUUGGUAUGUAGUAAUAGCCAGAAAACAAAGGAUCUCGUAAAUAUUUGAAUUUUCUUAUGAGUAACUGAUCUUAAAUUUAUUGUCAUGGUGGCAGUCUUAGUUCUGCAUUGUGCAGACACUGUUCCCAUCUGACAUGAACACAGCUUUACUGCAACUUUAUAACUUGUGAUGUCACCUGUAUGGAUGUUAGUUUACAGCAAACCACAAAGGUCACCUAAAAACUCUAAAUAUGUGCGUCCUGGCGAUGCAUUGGAUUCAGUUUGUUUUAUAAAUGGCUGUCGUAUUACCCUCUCGAUUAGCGUUAGUUUUUGCCAAGAAAUGCCACUAUUUUUUUGGACAGCCCCACCAUUUUCAGUUCCACAGAAGACAGGUUGAGCAGUGUUCACAUACAGUAGUGUAGAGGCUGUAAGAUGAGGUAGGAUCUAUGCAGCCAUGGGGCUCACAAGCCAGAAUCCAAAGCAACUUCUUUUAAUCACUUCAAGUUUUGUCCUCUUUGUUUACAGAGAUGUAAAAUAGUUUAUUUUCCCUAAAGGCUUUUGAUUUUUGGAUAUGAGCACUGUAUUCGGUAUGAACAAUAAAGUCUUCUGAAUCUGAAUGCUGUUUUUAUGUUCUGUUUAUUCAGACAAACCUUUAUUGCAUUACAUUGUUAAAUAAGGCGGAACUGCUCUUUUACACAGAAAAAAAAAAAAAAGUCAACUUUUAAAUAUCAUAAAAUAUGACCUAAAAGCUGCUGCAUACAUGUUGGGAUAAAACAGAA